AUGCCUAGCAUAUCGAACACUCCAUAUCUAAUCGAGGAAAUUGCCAAAAAUUGCAAGAAAUUUGCCGAACUGAAGAUCACGGGACCAUGUCACAUUAAAUUUGCAUUGACACUCGCUGCAUUCCUCCCAAACUUAAAAGUCUUGAGCAUUCGGUGCUCUAUGAUAUAUAAGGAUGCCCUUAUCACUAUCUUGGAUGAGUUGAAAAAGUUGGAAGUACUAAACAUAUCUCACUGCGUACUGAUUGAACACCCUCCACCUUCACCUCGAAGAGUCCUCAAGGAGAUUGACGAAUCAAUUCUUCAUAAGGCUAGGAGGCUACACAAAUUUAUAACGUGCACAAGUGACUCGUGCUUGAUGUGCACGCGUACGAGGAACGACGGAGGAAUGACGAGGUGUAAGGACCUGAAAAUCCGACGGCUGUCAAUUGCUCAGUUUGAUUUUGGAAUGUCUGGGGACUAUCAAAUUCCUGAAACGAAGAAGGCACAAGUGAAAUGGGACGAAGCUAAUCUGGGGGAAAUUGAGGCGAAUAAACCCGUAAGGCAGAAAAUAACUGAACCAAAGACACCAUAUCAUCCCAUGAUUGACGAUGAUGGAUCAUUAUCUCCUAUUAGGGUAAGUUUUGAGGACAACUUUGGAGAUUCAACGCAUGCAGAUGCUAUACGUUCGGCGUUGAAUGAUGUGGCUUCUUCAAGCAAAAAUAACCCUCGUUGCUCAGGCUGGACAUCAUCUGAAGAAGAGGAUGCAAUGGAUCAAGAAGAAGAAGUUCUAUCAGAUUCUAAUUCCGAGAGGCAAAGGAGCUUCAGGGAGCACCGUAGAGCUCAUUAUGACGAGUUCCGUCAAGUUAAAGAACAUCGUAGAAAGGGCUCUUUCGUCGAAGACAAGCACGAGAACUGGACCGAGGACAGAAGGUGUGAUUCAUCUUCUUUAACUGAUGGGGUUAAAGACAUUGAAAUUAAGGAAUCCACACCGCCAGCUAAUGGAUCUUAA